AUGGAGGAAGUGAGAAAAGAAAAGAUUUUAGAUACAAGCAAGUUGGUUAAUUAUGGAUCAGACAUUCCACAGAGCCCGGUGGAGAUGCUGGGUAAAUCUAGAGUGGGACAUUUGGCUGGAGAGGAGUAUGGGAAUGGGAUUUUUAAAAAUGAGUUUCCUAGGGAAGGGAGGUGCGGUGGGGGGGGCCUCCGGGACCAGGGCGGCAGCUUCUCUCUCCAGUGCAGACCAGCGACAUCAGUCCUGCCAGCCUCAGCGCUCCCAGGCCGUCCUGCCCCGUGCCCGGAGUCCCCUAGUCUUGCCUGCCUCAACUCCCUGGAGGCGGUGAAAAGGAAAAUGCAAGUGCUGCAGCAGCAGGCGGAUGAGGCGGAGGACCGAGCCCAGAGCCUGCAGCGGAAGCCAGACUGCGAGCGGGAGAAAGCUGAAGGAGAUGUGACGGCUCUGAAUCAACGGAUCCAUCUAGUUGAGAGAAAUUUGGACAGGGCCCAAGAAUGGCUGGCCACAGCCCUGCAGAAACUGGAGGACGUGGAAAAGGCCACUGAUGAGAGUGAGAGAGGAAUGAAGGUGACUGAGAACCGGGCAAUGAAGGAUGAAGAGAAAAUGGAAAUUCAGGGGAUGCAGUUGAAGGAAGCCAAGCAUAUCGCAGAGGAGGCUGAUCACAAAUAUGAGGAGGUAGCCCGUAAGUUGGUCAUACUUGAAGGUGAGCUGGAGCGAGCAGAAGAGCGCUCAGAGCUUAAGUGUGGCGAUCUGGAAGAGGAACUGAAGAGUGUCACCAACAACCUGAAAUCCUUGGAGGCUUCAUCUGAGAAGUAUUCUGAAAAAGAAGAUAAGUAUGAAGAAGAAAUCAAGCUUCUGUCUGACAAACUUGAAGAGGCCGAGACCCAGGCUGAGUUUGCAGAAAGAACUGUUGCAAAACUGGAAAAAACCAUUGAUGACCUGGAAGAAAAACUUGCCCAGGCCAAAGAAGAGAACGUGAGCUUACAUCAGACAUUGAAUCAGACAUUAAAUGAACUUAACUGUAUAUGA